UGAAGAUUUUCUUUUCUUUGGAUGUAACACUGGUGGAACAUUUAGGCAGUGUCUUUUUGGGGCAAAGUCACCAUGAAUUCUGUGGCUGGGAAUAAAGAGAGGAUCGCAGUCACAACCAGGAGCAGAAAAUACGGGGUGAACGAAGUCUGCUCCCCUACCAAGACCGCCGCCCCCUUCUCCCCGGAGAGCUGGUACAGGAAAGCCUAUGAAGAGUCCCGGGCGGGGAGCCGGCCCAACCCCGAGGGCGCCGGCUCGGCUCUCGGCUCGUCCGGCACCCCAUCCCCUGGCUCAGGCACCUCGUCCCCGAGUUCCUUCACGGGCUCCCCGGGACCUGCUUCCCCUGGCAUCGGCACCAGCUCGCCCGGCUCCCUGGGAGGCUCGCCAGGCUUUGGCACCGGUUCGCCGGGCUCGGGCAGCGGGGGCGGCUCCUCUCCAGGUUCGGACCGAGGCGUCUGGUGCGAAAAUUGCAACGCCCGCCUGGUGGAGCUGAAGAGACAGAUUCUGAAGCUGCUUCUCCCGGGCCCCUUCUCCAGCAAGGACCCCGCAUUCUCUUCUGCCAUCCACGACAAGCUCCAGGUCCCCAACACCAUCCGGAAAGCAUGGAACGAAAGAGACAACCGCUGCGACAUCUGCGCGACUCACCUGAACCAGCUGAAGCAGGAGGCCAUCCAGAUGGUGCUCACCCUGGAGCAGGCAGCCCACAGCGAGCACUACGAUGCUGCGUCGCCCAGCUCGCCUCCGCCCCUCGCCAACAUCCCUGCUUUGGUGGGGCCCCGGCAUGUGGGUGGCCUCCAGCAGCCCCGAGACUGGGCCUUUGUGCCUGCUUCCUACGCCACCUCUAACUAUACAGGCUUCCUCCCCAACAAGCAUGGCAGCAAGCCCAAUAGCCUUGGGGUUGGCAGUGGGGCUGAGAAGAAGAAUGGAUCCCCUACCCACCAGGCCAAGGUCAGCCUCCAGAUGGCCACCAGCCCCAGCAAUGGGAAUAUCCUCAACUCAGUGGCUAUCCAGGCCCACCAGUAUCUGGAUGGCACCUGGUCCCUGUCCAGAACAAAUGGAGUCACACUCUACCCCUACCAGAUCUCCCAGCUGAUGACUGAUCCUGGACGAGAGGGACUGACCGAAGCUGCCCUGAAUCGCUACAAUGCAGACAAACCCUCCGUGUACAGCUUUCCGGCCUCCCAGAGCCCCUGUGCUGCCAGCGAAACUUCCCAGGGCACCUCAGUGGCAGCAUCCUUCUUUGCCAGAGCUGCUCAGAAGUUGAAUCUAUCUUCCAAAAAGAAGAAGAACCGACCUUCAACUUCAUCAGCUUCCGAAUCACCUCUCUUCUCUACAAGCUUCAGCGGGAUUCUCCAGGCAUCCCCUCCUCCUGCUCCACCUUGUUUGUUAAGGGCAGUCAACAAAGUAAAAGACACUCCAGGCCUGGGCAAGGUGAAGGUCAUGGUCCGCAUCUGCUCUACUCUUGCCAGGGACACCUCAGAAUCCAGCUCCUUUUUGAAGGUGGAUCCAAGGAAGAAGCAAAUCACCCUUUAUGAUCCCUUGACUUGCGGGGGGCAAAAUGCCUUCCAAAAGAGAGGCAACCAGGUUCCACCCAAGAUGUUUGCUUUUGAUGCCGUUUUCCCCCAGGAUGCAUCUCAGGCUGAAGUGUGUGCUGGGACGGUGGCGGAGGUGAUCCAGUCUGUGGUCAAUGGAGCUGAUGGCUGUGUGUUCUGUUUUGGUCAUGCCAAGCUCGGAAAAUCCUAUACCAUGAUUGGAAAGGAUGAUUCCAUGCAGAACCUUGGCAUCAUCCCUUGUGCCAUCUCCUGGCUUUUCAAGCUGAUUAACGAGCGCAAGGAGAAGACGGGGGCCCGUUUCUCUGUCCGGAUCUCUGCCGUUGAAGUGUGGGGAAAGGAAGAGAACCUGCGGGACCUGCUGUCGGAGGUGGCCACGGGCAGUCUGCAGGAUGGCCAGUCCCCUGGAGUGUACCUUUGUGAGGAUCCCAUCUGUGGCAUGCAGCUCCAGAACCAGAGUGAGCUUCGAGCCCCCACAGCAGAGAAGGCAGCCUUCUUCCUUGAUGCUGCUAUUGCCUCUCGUCGGAGUAACCAGCAGGAUUGUGAUGAGGAUGACCAUAGGAACUCACAUAUGUUAUUCACGCUCCAUAUCUACCAGUACCGAAUGGAAAAGAGUGGAAAAGGUGGAAUGUCCGGAGGCCGAAGCCGCCUGCAUCUGAUUGAUUUAGGCAGCUGUGUCAAAGCUCUGAGCAAAAAUCGAGAAGGUGGCUCAGGCCUGUGCCUGUCCCUGUCAGCCCUGGGAAAUGUCAUCCUCGCUCUGGUCAACGGCAGCAAGCACAUCCCGUACAAAGACAGCAAGCUCACCAUGUUGCUACGAGAGUCCCUGGGAAACAUGAACUGUCGCACCACCAUGAUUGCUCACAUCUCCGCAGCCGCCGGGAACUAUGCAGAAACCCUGUCUACCAUCCAGAUUGCAUCCAGGGUCCUAAGGAUGAAGAAAAAGAAAACUAAGUACACUUCAAGCUCUUCUGGAGGGGAAAGCUCUUGUGAAGAAGGCAGAAUGCGCCGGCCAACCCAGCUGAGACCCUUCCAUCCCCGCAAUGCUGUUGACCCAGACUUCCCUAUCCUUCACUUGUCUAGUGACCCAGAUUACUCCUCUAGCAGUGAGCAGUCCUGUGACACUGUGAUCUACGUGGGCCCCAAUGGCACGGCCCUCUCAGAUAAGGAGCUCACUGACAAUGAAGGACCCCCAGACUUUGUCCCGAUAGUUCCUGCCCUGCAGAAGACCAAGAACAACAGCAGGCUGGAGGAUGCAGGGGACAGUGCUUCCAACAAGUCAGAGAGGGACUGCCUGAAGUGCAAUACCUUUGCAGAGCUCCAGGAAAGACUAGACUGCAUAGAUGGCAGUGAAGAGACCAACAAGUUUCCUUUUGAGGAGUUGCCCAUCCAGUUUGGGGCUGACCAGAUGAGCAAGUGCCCCACCUUAUCUAGUCAAGUGGCUGAGGUGAGCCAACUCUCAGAUUCAGAUAAGGAAGAGAAUGGUUCUGAUGGUCAGUUAUUGGAUAAGGAAGGGCAGGAGAGUACCAGUCCCCUGGUCACCAAGUUACAGAGGAAUCACUCCCCAGUUCCUUCUGCAGCCUUCUCCAAUACUCCCACACCCUCCUCACCCAGGAGCAUCCCCGGCAGCUCCAGCAGCCAGCCAAGCUCUUCCCAACUUACCCAGAGCCCUAGUCUUCAGAGCAGUCGGGAAAGUCUCAACUCCUGUGGCUUUGUGGAAGGCAAGCCCCGGCCAAUGGGUUCCCCUCGCCUUGGAAUCGCUAGUCUUUCCAAAACUUCUGAGUACAAGCCCCCAAAUUCACCCUCUCAGAGAUGCAAAGUCUAUACCCAGAAAGGGGUGCUCCCCUCUCCAGCUCCUCCUCCACCACCACCACCACCACCCUUGACUAAGGAUUCUGGGAUGGUGUCUAGUGAAUCUCUACUGCAGCCUGAGAUUCGCACGCCUCCAGUAGGAAUGAGCCCUCAAGUCCUGAAGAAAUCCGUAUCCUCUGGGAGUGGGGGAUUUUCAGAGACCAUCAUUGAUGAGGAGCAAUCAGCCACAUCUCCGGGUUCCAAAAAAGGGGUCCUGAGCACAACCAUGGUCACUGUCCAACAACCUCUGGAGUUGAAUGGUGAGGAUGAGCUGGUCUUCACUUUGGUAGAGGAACUGACCAUCAGUGGGGUCCUGGAAAAUGGGCGUCCCACCAGCAUCAUCAGCUUCAACAGUGAUUGUUCUGUGCAAGCCUUGGCUUCAGGCUCCCGCCCAGUCAGUAUCAUCAGCAGCAUCAGUGAGGACCUAGAGUGUUACUCCAACACAGCUCCAGUCUCAGAGGUCAGCAUCACCCAGUUCUUGCCCCUUCCCAAGUUAAACUUAGAUGAAAAAGUCCGGGAUGCUGGGAGCAGGAGGUCCUCCAUCAGCUCUUGGCUGAGUGAGAUGAGCACAGGAAGCGAUGGUGAGCAGUCAUGCCACAGCUUCAUAGCCCAGACAUGCUAUGGGCAUGGGGAAGCCCUGGCAGACCCUCCACUCCCAGACUUUGCAAACGCCAUCCAGAAUACUAGAAUGAUGUGUGGAGACAAGCCAAAGGCAGGCCCAGAAAAUUUACUCAUUCUUUCUGAAAUGGGAGAAGAGGUUUUCAACAAGGGCUCACCUCUCAAAGGUUGCAAAAUAUCAGCUCUUGGCAAAGCUAUGGUAACAAUUUCCAAUGCAGCAAACUUAGGUGGCUGUGAUGGCUACAUUCCCAUGAAGACCAAUAUUACUGUUUAUCCAUGUAUCUCUGUGAGCCCCCUUAAUAUCCAGGAGACUGAUGAGGCCAUAACCUCAGUCAACUCGUCUUCCAAAGCAGCCCAGUCUCAGGAGGGCAAGGAAGCCAGCACAAAGAAAGAGAUCAAAUUUGAAGACCCUUGGCUCAAGCGAGAAGAGGAGGUGAAAAAAGAGAAUACUUAUCCUAGUAAUGUGACUAGCUUUGAAAAUGAGAUGGGUUCCACAAAGCCUGAGCCUAGGCAUGAACAAGAACAAGGCAAAAAGCCCAACUCAGUAGACAGGUUCAGCAGCAGCAGUAGCAGUGGGGAGACAUCUAACUCCCCAGUGUCUGACAAUUUCAAGAGGAUUGUGGAUGGGUGUGAGAUGACCUUGUCCAGCCUGGCCACCCAAACCCCUGUGCAUGCCAACAAGAGCCUAAAGGCUAGCAGUCUCCCGAGGGCAUUUCAGAAAGCCAGCAGGCUGGAUGACCUGGACAGUGUCUUCUAUCACUGUGCUGCCGAGAGCAAUGGUAUCUGCUCAGCGGGCUCUCAGUCCUCCAAGACCACCCUAGAGAGGAGAAUGGCUUCUCCGAAGCACUGUGUUCUGGCUCGACCCAAAGGGACACCCCCUCUCCCUCCCAUCCGAAAGUCAAGCCUAGAUCAGAAGAAUCGGGCUAGCCCCCAGCACAGUGCCCCCAGCAGUAGCACUAGCAGUCCCUUGAACCAGCCAGCUCCUUUCUUGCCUGGCUUCCCCGAUGAGCCCAACAGCAAGACAAAAGACACCAGUAGCAGCAAGUUGUUCAGUGCCAAGCUUGAGCAGCUCGCCAGUAGGUCCAACUCCCUGGGUCGGUCCACAGUGAGUCACUAUGAGUGCCUGUCCCUGGAGAGGGCCGAGAGCCUGUCCUCUGUAAGCUCCAGGAUGCACUCUGGAAAAGACAGCACCAUGCCAAGGACCGGGAGGACCCUCAAUCGUUCCGCCAUGUCCUCUCCCACCAAUUCCUGCACCUCGCAGUCAGCUGGGGCCUCGCCCAAGGCUGGCCAGUCGAAGAUCUCUGCGGUGAGCAAGCUUCUCCUGGCCAGCCCCAAAGCUCGGAGCCUCUCCACCUCCACCACCAAAACCCUUAGCUUCUCCACCAAGUCUCUGCCACAGUCAGUUGGGCAGAGCUCCAGCCUACCCCCCAGUGGAAAGCACAUGUCUUGGUCCACCCAGUCCCUCAGCCGGAGCCGAGGAUCCGGACUCACGUCCAAACUUCCCCUACGUGCGGUCAAUGGCCGGAUCUCCGAACUGCUUCAGGGGAAUACAAACACCCGAGGUUUGCAGCUACGUGGGAGCUCUGAGGCAGAGGAGCGAGGCGGCCUUCCUGGAGAGGAGAAGCCAGCCGUUCAUAUGCUGCCCUCGCCCUAUAGCAAAAUCACCCCGCCUCGUAAGCCCCAUCGGUGCAGCAGUGGUCAUGGCAGUGACAACAGUAGUGUGCUCAGUGGGGAGCUCCCGCCAGCUAUGGGGAAAACAGCCCUGUUUUAUCACAGUGGCGGCAGCAGCGGCUACGAGAGCAUGAUGAGAGACAGCGAGGCCACAGGCAGCGCUUCCUCUGCCCAAGACUCCAUGAGUGAGAACAGCAGCUCCGUCAGCGGAAGGUGUCGAAGUCUCAAAACUCCAAAGAAACGCUCCAAUUCAGGUUCUCAGAGACGGAGGCUCAUUCCCGCUCUAUCACUUGAUACCACCUCCCCAGUAAGGAAACCUUCAAACAGUGCUGGCGUCCGCUGGGUGGAUGGACCAAUGAGGAGUACCCAGAGGGGUCUAGGGGAACCCUUUGAAAUCAAAGUCUAUGAAAUUGAUGAUGUGGAGAGGCUUCAGCGGCGUCGAGGCAUUGACAACAAGGAGGUGAUAUGUUUCAAUGCAAAGCUGAAAAUUCUGGAGCAUCGCCAACAGAGGAUUGCUGAGGUCCGGGCCAAGUAUGAGUGGUUAAUGAAGGAACUGGAGAUGACCAAGCAGUAUCUGAUGCUGGAUCCCAACAAAUGGCUCAGUGAAUUUGACUUGGAGCAGGUAUUGGAGCUGGAUUCCUUGGAGUACCUGGAAGCCCUCGAGUGUGUGACUGAGCGCCUAGAAAACAGGGUCAACUUCUGCAAGGCCCACCUCAUGAUGAUCACCUGCUUCGACAUCACCUCCAGGCGCCGAUAAAGAGAGAGUCAACUCCUCGCCAACCCUUCCCCCGCCCCCAACCCAUCUUCCACCUCCAUCCCACCCACCCACAGCCCAGGACUCCCCAGAAACAGUCAUUCUCAGCUAGGCCCUCUGCAAAGACAGCACCCCAAAGACCAUGGAAUGAGGAUGAAGGUCGGCGGCAAGUCUGGAGCAAGUGUUGAGCGGCAGGCGAUUUUUUUUUUCCUUUCGUUUCUCUAGGAAGGGUGCCAACAUCAAACCCACAGUGAAGUGAAGGAGCAAAAAUGUUGGGAAGCCGGAGGGAUAUCAAAGGCCCCGCGAGACUGAAAAGAGCACUUUGAAGAACUUUCAAGGACACGUUUGUACAUACAAACUGUGUGAGGAGCAAAGGCAACCUUGUUCUUUCUUGGCUUUGGCCAAGAGAGGGGAAGGGUGGAAGUAGGAAUGCUGCUGCCGAGAGCUAAACAAAACAGCAACAAACAACAAAUACCCCGAAAGACUGUUUAAGUGCCUUGCAAAUCUUUAUUAUCCAAACAUUUAUGUUCAUACUUUCUUGUGUACAGAUGGUGCUAGUCAAGAAAAUUACAAAACAAACGAAAAAAGGAAAAUCAACCACAUUUUGGAAAUGUAUUAAUGUAUUUACAGCUCGUUUUCUCCUGUUUCUGACUUGCUGUUUCUAAGUAACUUGUGUUUGUAGAGAUAUUUCCUAAUCAGUAUCACAUAUGAAUAAAUGUUAACUGUCUUUUAUGGUUUACCUCCAGUAAGGCCACUCAAACAGAACGUGGAUACUGCCUGUCAAUAGCCAGUGUGUUUCCAACAAGACUUUGGGGUGCCAGGUGAUCUUAGCCACUGCCUUUCACCAUUCUCAUGGACACUGGGCUUGGCUUGGGAUCAUUGAGUUUAAGGAUCACUUGGGGUUUUGGAGAAUGGACGAGGAGAAAGGGGAAUACCACCCCAAAGCUAGAGGGAUCUCUUUCACCCUCCUCCUCAGCACCCUACCAACUUACAUGGCAUCUGUGGGCUUCAUGUAUGGUCCCACCUGGGAGUCCUGGCAGACAUUUGGAUUCCUAUCACCAUGCAUCUAUCAUUUAUUUGUGUCUUGAAACAUGACCCCAUGGACUGAAAUUUCUUAUUUUAACUUUUAUUUCCCCAAAUCCUUUGAAAUAGAAAGUUUGAGCAAAUGCAGAAGUCUCAUGAUUUAGUUUGUGAAUUUGUUUGGGGUGGGGCGGUCUUCCAUCCUGAGACCUAUCCAAAGUAUUUAUUUGAGUGUGGCACAUAGGUUGGGUUUAAAUUAAUGCAGCUUAGUGCCACAGAAGAGAAAUAAUCUUAGAUAAUACCUUCUGAUCUCUAAAAUACUAUCAGAACACUAAGAAAUGAAGAAGUCUAAUUCUUCCAGGGUCUUCAGUUGUUGUGGAUCUAUAGAAGGAUGCUUUGGCCUUGACCACACUUCUCUUCUCUCAGCCCUAGAGCACAGGGGAAUAGGGAGACAGUUCCUUUUCCUCAUUCCCUCAUAUAUAUUUUCCCAGACUGUUCCUCAAAGACAGAGAACUGAAGCCAGUAAGAAUGGGGAGAAUGAUAGAAUAAGAGGAAGCAUGCUACAGUUGGGCACUAAAAGUAGAAUUAAGAUGAGACCAUGGGCAAGUUAUUCCAUUUUCUAAACCUCAAUUUCAUCAUCUCUAACUCCACAGAGUGGCCUUGGGGUUCAAAGGAUAUAUAAAUGCUUCAAAAUACUUUGCAAAUUUUAAAGUAAGAAUCAGAUAUUAUCAUAUAUGGUCCCCAGAUCCUAGAAGAUUAAAGCUUUAUACACAAAUUGGAAUGUGUAUCCCCAUAGCAUUACUUUUGGAGAUUAUCCCCAUUUUACAGAUCAAGGAUGCUGAGGUCAAGGAACUUCCCUGAUAACUGAAAUGAGUUAGCAACAGAAGCAAGAAUGAAGUACAAGAAGGAGCCUUAUCUUCCAUCCCAGAGUUCCUUCCACAAAUAAGCAGUAAUUCAAUAUGGUGUUGUUUCUCAUUAGCUUGUUUCCAGACUUCUUUAGCGUAGACUAGACCAUCUGAGGCAUCUUACUUCUUCCUCCCACCCCUGUCCACAUAUGCACACACACACACACACACACACACACACACAGACACACACACACACAUGAACUCAGUCCUGGUGAUGAGACAUUGGAAUCUCACAGCCUACCCUGAAAUAAAAUACCAUCUGUUUGAAGCCUGAUAGGUUUCUUUUCAGAUGGAGAAAAACAUUUGGACUUCAAAGCACCAUCUUUGGAACCUUAUGAAUUAAGAUACAGUGAAGCUUACAUUAUUAAAUCCCUUACUGGUUCACUGCCCCCAGUGAAUUACAAUUCCAGACUUGAAUAUUUCAUAUAAACCUAUUUUUCUACACUCCACAAGGAAGGUUUUUCUUUGGAUAGAGGCUUAAAUCCUAUGGACAGAAGGACUGUGUUGUAAAGAAAGAUUGAUCUGGAAGAGAUUUGAUCAUCAGUAACCAUCCUCUUCAUCAUCUACAACUAUUAUUCUUUCCUCCUAAGCCAAGGAUAGGUGACCCCCAGCUCCUUACUUGUGACUUCAUUUGACAGAUUAAUCUCAUGAUUUUGCUAAUUGCUCCAGAGCUUAUACUCUUAAUUUCUUGUACCUAUGAAGGUGUCCAGCAGUGACUGGAUUUCUUGAAUUCAUCCAAAUCCAAAAUCUUUAUAGUUUUUGUUCUAUGCUAAGCUUUUCUUGAAGUCUGAGAAAUUGUGCUGUGUUUUCAAUGAAAGGUCUCUGGGACUUUUUUACAACAAAAUCAGUUGAUCAAUAAUCCUAUUGCUAACCUGAGGUUUAUGUCCCCAUGGAAAUCUUCACCAUGUUGCCUUUAACAGGCCAUCCUCUAAAUGCUGGUGCUUUUCAAGUAGGGAGACAGUGGAGAAAUCUCCAGGGAUUUGACAUCUGAAUUGAUAUGAUUCUUCCUUGGAAUUUCUUUUCAUCUUGCUUCCAAUAACAUUUCUCUCUUUGUACUUUUGUGCCAGCAGUCUAAGAAACCAACAAGGUAGGAUUAAAACCUAGACUGAACUUGCCAAGUAAACUGCCUUCUUAACUCCAAAAUAAUGCCAAUACCUUAAAACCUUAGAACAAGAUUAUGACAUUCCACAAGACCCUUAGCUAGCACCCAUCACUUGGAGAUCAUGUCCAUUCUCUUUAACCCAAUUUUAUAUAAGAACUGCCUUAACUUAACAAAACCACAUGUGAGGACAUGGAACCUUGAACCAUCAUGUGCCUAUCCCAGCCUAUGAUCCAUGUGGAUCAUGGCCUUCAAGGGCAAAGUAAGUGUGUCCUAUUGUGCUGGACAUAAUUCUGUAACAAAGUAGUUUUUGCAUAGUGACCAGGCAGUUAAAUGGUUAAAAGAGAACCAGGCAUUAUUUCUGCUUCAGUGAAGGCUGGAGGAAGAGGGGAUGAAGACAGAAUGCCUGUCUGCAAUUCCAUGGACCUUUCCACCAAUUAAAAAGAUCAUGUCUUUAGUUAUUUGAAAUAAGCAUUUAGAUAGAAGGAAAUAUCUUUGGAAUUCGUGGAUUUUUCAGCAAUUGCAGGGGAAAUAUGCUUCAAAUAAAAAGGUACUCUGGUAAUCUUGGUUCUGUCUCCCUGGGACUAAAUCCAUAUUGCAUUUCAUGAUGUCUGACUAGUGAGACGCUUCAUACUGUGAAGGAGAAAUAGUUUUCUUUAUCCCAGCUUUUCUUCAUCACCUGAUAUCUACAACCUUUGAUCUUUUAGUCCUUGAAUUGCCUUCUGCAUCACAGAACAACUAUGUCUAACUUUCAUCUCUCCCUAAUAAGAGAUAGGAAACACAAGGACUGCUGUUAUUUUGUCUGCCAAUUGCCAUCCUGAACAAAAAGGGCUUGGGAUACAAAUGGAGGGGUCUGUCCAUUGCCACCACGGAAAUUGAGAACCACACUGGUCCCAGUCAGCAAGGCCCGCAGGGAGUUCUCCUCCCCUUGAAAGCAGGGAUGGCAGAUGAGCAGGGAUUAGAGUACGAAUCUGACCCAGUUUGCUAUAAAUUAACACCUCCAACCUAAGCCUGAUGUCUCAUACAUUCUGCUGGGAGAUUGUAGAGAAUUUAUUGCAGCCCCACAUCCUACUCAGGCAUCCCGCUUUAUGUUUUCCUAAGGUUCAUCUACCAAUUAAAAUACCUCUAGGCAAGCAUAUCUACUGUUUGGUUCCUGAAUUUCUGCUCAAAUGUUCAGCCAGAAAUGAGGAUAUGGUAAGUUCUGGGACACAUAGAUGAUUCCUGUAUUUCUUUCUGUGUGUAUUUCAUUUGCUAACGCCCAUUGUUAGCAUCAGAAAGUCAGGGAAGCUCUGUGCCUUAAGUCCUAGCUUAUUGAGAGUGCCGGGCAACACUUGAGAUUCACUGUUAGUGGGGAAAUGCCAACAGCAGGUUCUCUUCUCAGUGACCACAAAUGGAUUCUAAUCUAGUUAUAGUCUUUAAGCAAAACAAAACACAAGCAACAGUUGGUUUUCCAGUUCAAACUGAAGGUUAAUUUGCCCAUUGUUGUGUCUUGCUGGAAUAUUAGUCAACAAUUGGAGUCCUCACCCCAACGUAGCAAAUCUGACUAUUUGACAGAUUUUAGAAUCCCAGCACUGUGGAUGAGUGGCCAUGAUAAUAACCCCAAUAACUCUUACUCUGUUAGCAAAAUAUAAUGAGCAGGAACUACAGCUGCCAAUUAGUGAGGGCCAACAUAACUGUUUGAGCAUUGGCCCAAGUUUUAGGGAGCUUUUUUGCUGGCCUUGAGUUGGGAGUUAGUGUCGAUUCAGUGAUACUCCAGUGUCCGGUACCCAUUACCCCAAGGGUCUCACUGAUAUUUUCCCUUUGAUCCUCUAGACAUGGAACUAGCACUCUUGAAACUCUAGUAUCAAUGAGAAUGUAGUACUCUUCUCGAAUGCCAGAAGUCCAAAGUAAGCCAUCUUUCACUGAACCAGAUGAAGAGAAUGGAUAUAGGCUACAGGCAGAAAAAAAGGUUGCAGCCCUUUAAAAAUAUUGCCCUUCUACGCAUUAAAAUAAUCUUUCUCUCUCUCCUCCUCCUGCAGUAGAAAUCCAAUGAACAUGGGGGGGGGAGGUCAGGAGACGGGAUGGGCACUUGAUUUCUCAACUCACACAUUGCAAUUCAUCCCAAAGCAUUUUGCAUGCCAAAUUUUUGCAAACUGGACAUUCACUCCUGCCAUGUAAAAGAGAUAACCAAGCUAGGGGCAAAGAGGGGUUGGCUGUUAAGCCUGCAUUUGCAGAAAGCCAUAGAAAAAUCCCUGAAACUUACCCCUUAAGCCUCCCUGAAAGAAACAUAUUCUGCUUUUGAGUGGUCCUACUCUGAGAAACUGAGGAAUUCUUAAUAUAAUGGACUUAAAGGGUUCUUAAAGAAAGUUUCAGAUUGUAUAAUCAAUAUGGUCUAGAUAAGGAUAUACUGCCCCUCAUAUGUGUGUGUAUGUGGGCGCCUGUAUGUGUGUGUGGCACUUAGCAUAGUGCCUGGCACAAAGUAAGUGUUUAAUAAAUGGUAAGCACUAACUGACUGACACACAGACACACACAUAUAUGUAGAAAUGAACUUUUUUCCUCCAAGAUAUUCAUUCUUUUCUCCCUUUUCCAUAGCUGAGGUUGCUAAGAAGUCCUAUCUCACACAGUGGUAUUUGGUGUAUGAAGAGGGUAUAAUUUAUUUGUGAACUCAGGAUGUCCUUGUUUUAAUAGAGUUGCUUGUAUCUGAUAAUUUAUUUACCCUUGGCCAUGGCUGGACAUGCUGAUCAAGGCGUCCUGCAUUGUGUCCCACUGCUAGAUCCAUUCCAUUCUGUUUGUGGCUACAUGAUUGUCCUCCAGCAGGGUCUCCUGGUGGAAAGGUGGGCUUUGGGGGGAGGGGAGGGAGGUAAACUAAGGGAAAACAGGAGCAAGGGUCCAAACCCCAAAGUCCGGGACUUAGCUUGGAACCUUUGGGAUCCUAUUCUAAAGAACUGAAAGAGGGUGAAAAUGAAGUUUUGGUGAAUUUGGUGAUAAAAGUGAAUUUGGAAAUGCAGCUUCUGGUGGUCUAAGAAAAGAAUCCAGACCCUUAGGAGAAUGGUUUAUCUAUAAAGUCCUGAGAAGAAUGUCUCAAGUCAUAGGUUCUCUAGGCUUUCUGAGACCUUGUGUACUCUUAUAAAGGUUUAUUGUGGAGGUAGCCAGAGUUUUUCUAUUUGGAUUUACCUGGCUCCUGUUUAUGAAAGAAUUCAGAGCACUUUAGUAUUUCUUAACCACCUAUAUCGGAAGGCAUUUUGUAAACUCUUGACCUACCUGAGCAAUGGAAAGGGUCUGGAGGCAACCAUUCUAUUGGGAGGUAGCCAGAUCUAAGGUUUAGUCUAGGAGUAAAGAUGAUGGGGUUCUAGGCUUGGCUUCUCUGUUAACUUGCUGUGUGACCUUGAGCAAGUCACUUAAUUUUGCUGAGCCUCAGUUUCCUCAGCUGCAAAAUGGGGAAUAGUACCUUUCUCACUGGUAUGGUGUGAUUGCAAAAUGAGAUUAUAGAUGUAAAGUGCUAUGAAAAUAUACUCUGUAAGAAUGCUAGGGGUUAUUUUAUAGGUGGAGAAACUGAGGCACAGAGUUCUCUAUGACUUGCCUAAGGUUACACAACAAGUCAGUAGCAGAACUGGAAUUCAAGUCCAUGUUUCUUGACUCUCAACCUUAUUCUCUUCCUAUUAGACAAAUGUUAUGUAAAUAUUUGAAUAUAUUCAGCUACAGAAAUGGGCCCAUUUACAAACAGGCAGGCAAGAAAAGCUUGAUUCCAGUUUUGAAAAAGCAAUUAAAGUUCAUUUUAAAAAUAUAUUCACUUACUGAGUUUAAAAACAGUGAAUUCCAAACAAGUUAAUUAAAGCCUCAUUUUAAAAAAUCUUGAUGAAAGUGUUUUUAAUUAGUCAUUGUUUUUAAACUCACUGUUAACUCAAUAAAGGGUUUUUUUAAAUUAAGUGCUUGUUAGCUAGAAAGAUUUUUUUUAUAAGCUUCAAUCUUUUUGACCCUGAAUCCAACUUUUCUCUUUCUUUAGCUCAGUCUCAUCUGCUGGUUUGUAAAUGGGCCUCUUCCUGUGUAUGCGUCUUAUCAUAGAUAUAUAAAAGCUAGCUGUUGGUGUGAUUGUAAUGAAGCAGCAGCAGCAGCAGCAGCUGUUUCCAUGAUGGACACAAUUCAGAAAGCUGCUGCUAGUCACCAACUAGCAGAAUAAAUCCAUUAAAUUUGUGCCGUUUCUAGUGUAAAAAAAAAAAGUUUACUGUUUACUGGAAAAGAUCUCUGACUUUUUGUGGCAUAUGAGGUGUGAAUUGUUGUCCAAAAAAAUCUGGUGUUUCAAAGAAUUGAACUCUGGUGGCAUUAAAUGUUCACUUUUAUUCUGCUCAUA